UUUUUAGUUUUGAAAUAGAGGUUGAAUUUUGUGUUACUUUGUUUGUAGGGUGCCAGUGUUGGAGCUGUAUGUACUGAGCUCAAUCCUAUGCCAGUGUGGGCGUCUCUUGUCGUCUCAAAAAUAUAUAGUACAGUCUUGAGUGUCAUUGUCAGAUGGGCGAUCGUCGACGUCGUUGAGUGUCAGGGCCGUUACACAUCAGUUGGUAUCAGUUGGGAUCAACUGAGGUCUAACUUUAUUAUUGCCAAUGUUGGCAGUAUUGUGACGUCAGUCAGUCAGAGUCUGGUUGACUACGAAAUCAUAGUGACAAGUGGUAUCAGUAGCAAGGACUAGACAAAAUAUGAAGGACGAGAUUGUGAAACCUUUGGACGUAGAAACAUGCAGUGUUGCUAUCAGUUUGGGGGCAACACCAGAAUAUAACAUUGAAAAUAUUGUAAACGAAAAUCUAUAUCUAAAGGGAUGCUUUUCUAAAAUACACCCAUUAUUGAGAAAGGGUCAAGUAAUCGGAAGAGGCGCGACAGGACAUGUGUAUAAGCUUAUAGAAGACUCAAAGACAGAAGUCGAGUAUGUUGUGAAAGAGAUAUGCUUGCCUGCUGAAGACAGCGAAAAGCUCUCGAACGUAUUUUACAGAGAAGUGGAAGUUUUGAGAGGACUACCUGAUCACCAUCGCAUAAUACAAUUCUUUGGAUAUUGCGUUUCAGAAUGCUACUGUUCAUUAUAUUUGGCAUACAUGAAACUGGGUUCUAUAAGUGCGGCAUUACGUAAAGGACCUUUCUCUGAAGAAAAGUGUUUUCUCUAUACAGGUCAAAUUCUAGAAGGUUUAGAGUUUUUACACAAGAACGGGGUUAUACAUAGGGACAUUAAAGGUCCGAAUGUUUUACUUGAAGACGAAAAUAAUAUCAGGAUAACAGAUUUCGGACUAGCUAAAUUUAUGGAUGAUUCAGAUAAUACAAUGGAAUUGGGAACUUGUCGAUGGAUGGCACCUGAAGUUGUUAACAGAAAGCCAGAUAUGGAGCCAUAUAAUUUUAAAGCAGACAUUUGGAGUGUGGGCUGUACAGCUCUAGAGAUGAUCACAGCUAAAGUACCUUAUCACGAUCGCUCUAACAUUGCAAAUAUAAUAUUCACUCUUCACAACGGUGAAAGUCCUAAACUUCCUGACAACAUUUCAGAGAGAAUGGAAAGGCUCUUAAAAAAAACUUUUGUGAUAAAUCAUGUAGAAAGAUUUUCAGCAGAAAAACUUAUUGAAGAAUUUUUCUCUAUAGAAUCUCAAACAGAAAACAAACAUUGCAAUAUUAUUCAAAUCCAGGAACUGUCUUUCUAUGAAGACAAAGAAGGAACAUGGCACAAUGCUAGCUACACACAUGAAAGAAUACAAAACAUGAAAGGCGUAAAAAAAGAUUUCUGUGUUUACCUCUUGAUCGUCAUAUUUGCGAUAAUAUUCUUUCCAAUCAGCAUUGGUACUUUAGUAGCAAUGUGGCAAUGUAAAAUGAAAAGGCAUUAUGUUAAAGGAAAAUCUGCUCCAUCUGUCGAUGUUCUGAAAUGUUGGAUAAAAGGGAACCCAAUGAAAAACAAAAAUGUUUUUGUAUUGACGGAUCCUGAAGAACAUGACGACAGAAAGUUUAUAGUAAAAGAGAAUGUCUUUACAGAUGACAGAAAGUUUUAUUAUUACGUAAACAAUGAGCUGUUACAAGGUUUGAAACAUGAAAACUUGAUCUCCUUCUAUGGUUACAUUGAGGAGUCUAACUUGAUAUUAACAUUCUUCGACUACAUGCCAGCAGGUUCCCUUCAAGACUUGUACAACCAACAAGGAAAAAUACAAGAAUCUAAAUGCUUUAAUUAUGCUGAACAAAUUUUGGAAGGACUACAGUAUCUGCAUUCCAGAAGAAUUGCCCACAUGAAUAUUAGAUGUGAAACAAUUGUAUUUGAAACAGAAGACAAACUACGAAUCGCUGGAUUGUCUCACAUAAUAAUAGGGCGUCAAAUGAUAUCGUCUGCUGAUUAUGGCAAAGAAAGAUGGACAGCACCGGAAGUGUUCAAUGAAGCACAUGGUCAUGGUUUCUAUGAUUACCAAUCAGAUAUAUGGAGUCUUGGUUGUACUGUUGUGGAGAUGUUGACAGCAGAAUGUCCAUAUGCUUAUGAGAAGUACCUGCCAUCAGUAAUUAUUACCAUUGGAAUGGGGAUACCUCCAGAAACUGGACAAAGUCUGUCAACUAGGAUGAAGAAUUUACUUCAGAAAACUUUAUGCGCUGAUCCGUUUAAGAGAUUGGGAGCGAAAAAUAUCCUUAAAAUUUUACGCAGUGUUGAAGGUGAUAUCUACAUACCCGUUGAUAUGAAUCCCAGUUCGUCUAAAGCAGUGAUCCCCAAAGUGGUCUAUAUAGACCCCCAGGGGUCUACAACGACUUCCAAGGGGUCUACGAAAUUGAAAAAAGGAAUUGGGGUCUACGAGAUGUAAAUAAGGGUCUACGAGAGUGGAUCUCUAUUUAAGGUCUCAAGUAAAUAUUAACAGUUCACAAUGCCAUCAUUAAGAAUUAAGAUGAGAACCUGAUAACUAUUAGUAAAUAAAUGAAUUAGACAAAAGCAUGAUUGAGUUUCAGUGACAUUAGAAUCGUAUAACUUGUUAUUAGGUCCUUGUGUGUUAUGUCAUAACAUAAUAUGUUUACCUCUAUGACACCGUUAUUUAUUAUGUAUACUUAAUUUUACAAUUUAAUCACAAUUAGUAUAGCUAAUUAGCAGAGCUAAUAUCACAAGAGAAUUGAGUCUUUAGACUUUAUCAAAGCUAACAAACUUUAAAAUACCAAAAUUAUGACUGCGACCCAAUGAAAAGAAUUAGAAAAAAAUGGAAUUUAUGAUUAUUACAUAACUGAUAAGCAUAUGAACAUACGAAUAUACGAGCAUAUAAAGUAUGUUUGGUUCAACCGCACUUCAAAUAUUAAAAUCUUUGCUUAUGGAUAUGAUCUUUGAAUAUCUCACUAUUGUAUUAUUAUUUGUUGUUGUAAAAAAUAUAUCUGGAUAGUACUGGUUAGUACCAGAUAAUGUUGCACAUUUGAUGCCUAUUUUUUUUACUAUAUUGUUAUAAUUUUUAGUAAAAUAAAUCAUUAAAAUAUACUUUUUUUGCAUUAAAAUGCUUAAUUUGUGUGUUUUCCAAUGUUAUAACUAAUGUGUUUUCACUUCAAGAUUGUAAAAAAAAUAUAUUUUUUUUUUAUAUAAUGUUCCUCAUGGGGCCACUUCCUGCUACGUACACUGCCAGUGUACAUCUCACAGAAUCGUUACUAUAUGGAAUUUUUCAAAAAUUCUUUUUGCAGUGUCUUAGUUUGACCAAUAGAAUUUGAUAUUUAAUAGAAAAUUUAUAUUUAAUGCAGGAAUAAAGUUUUGGGGGUAAAUGGGAUAAUGGAACCAUUAUCUUAUACAAAUAUAAAUUAUUUGAAAAAUUAUUUUAGAACCUUAUUUAAAUAGCUUAAUUUAGUCUACAGGGAAUUUAUAUGGUCAAAUUUAAUUAUGAAAUUUCACAGUGGUAUUUAUGUAUGAAAAUUUAGCUUCUUUCCAUGUCAAACUUAUAUUGCCUUUGUGUAAUUUACUGACACUUUGAAACCACCUAAGUUAGAGUAUUUGUUUAGACAAUGCCAUCUUAAUAAAAAGGAUGUAGAUUUGAAACGCUUUUGAACAAUCAAUAAUAAAAUUGAGAAAAGAUAUAUAGUGGACAAAAUCUUUGCUUUGGCAUCAAAAAGAAAAGAUGAUGGUCUGCAAGUAUCUUAAAGUAUCUUUUACUUAUUGCAAAAUUUUGAAAAAAUCACACAAUAGGCCAAAUUGAAGAAUAUCCCACAGCUGUCAUUGACAUUGAUACGCCAUUUUUAUCUGGGAAAGUUGAAGCAUGUGUGUUGGAGAGGCCUGCAGCUGACGUGGAGAGGUGGAACGGGACUUUGAAACGAUUAUAAGCAAAGUAGCACUAGACAGACCAGCAGACUGGGACAUGUUCCUAAUACAAGUGAAACGAGUCAAUAUUGCCUGGUAAUAAAAUAAUUUUAUUGGCGAAUGUUCGUUUUAUUAUAGAUAAAGAAAUCCACUAAAAGCUUCUUUUUGCAAAAACUGAUAAUCAAUAUUGAAUGUUUUUGAAAGACUACUAUAAAGAAAAAGCCAUCCCUUGAACUAUGAUGCCAGUAGCAACAAAUGGAGAUCACCUUUCAUGGUUGGGUCCAAGGGUGGAUAGUGAAAAAAUGGUAGAUGCUUGAAUCUCUUCAAGUUGUUAUUAACGCAGUUAACCCAAGCAACACAUCUAAUAACUUGCUCAAAUGUGUUGAGAAAAUGACCAGAACUUUCAUCAGUUUUUCCUUCACACUGAAGUGGGAUGGUUGUCCAAAAGCUUUAUUUUAAUUUUUUUUUUUUCUUUUUGACACUGUAUUGAAGUUCUUGGAUGUCAAAGAUCUUAUUUUAAAACGAAAUUUAUUCGGAUGAUGAGUAUACAUUGCUUUUUUUUUAACAGACUUGUUUCAUAUAUCUAUUAGGUUAACUUACAUGUGGUCAUAGGCGUAGCCAGGAUUUUUUUCGAUGGGGGAUUUUCGCAACCCAACCUCACCUCCAGCUACGCCCAUGCAUGUGGUCACCUAAUUUCUAAUGUCCAUUAGAUAUCGUUGAAAACAACACAUUGGAAGUCAGAAAAAAAUAAUUCAUCAAUCUUAGCUAACCAGGGGGUCUACCGAAUCCUGGAAUCCUGGAAAACAUGACAAGGGGUCUACGAACCAAAAAAGUUUGGGAACCACUGGUCUAAGGUGUAACUGAACAAAGUGUAAGGGUCUGCAUAACAUUCCUGAUGCUAAAAAUUUUUAAAAAAUAUAUCACUUAUUUUCCCGUUCAUCACUCGAGUUUAGUUUCUAGAAGUGUCAGUCUACUUUCAUUGCUGCGACUGUUCCAGGUUUUUUUUUUAAUUUUCAUUUUUGUCAGAUUUGUCGUGUCUUUUGGAGAUGAAAGUUGUUUGAUUUUGAUAUGGAAACUGAUUCUAAAUUGUUACCCGAAUAUGCAUGAACACUUCUUUUAAUUAUUUGUUUUUUUCCUCAAACCAAAAUUAUUUUAUUCGUUUGUCUACUUUUGGGAUACAAAUACUUAUAUAAUAAUUGGUAACAUAGCCUAUUGUUACAUGCAUGCAAAUAAAAUAUAUUUUGCUUUUAAAUUUAAUUUAAAAAAAAUUAAACACGAAUUAAUAAAAUGUAUUUUCGUACUUUUAAAAUUACAAUCAUUUUGAUCCCAACAUAUAACCCUUUUUUUUUUAUAAAUAUCGGAAUGUAAAACAUAACCGGUACUCUAAUGGUAUUCUGCUAAUAUUUGUUUUUGCUUAUGUCAAUAUAAAGAUUUUGAAUACUUAUAUAUAUUCAUACCUAUGUUGCAUUUCUUUUCAUAUACAUUCUUCCUGAUUAUGAUAUUUUUUUUUGCAAUAAUUUCUUGGUUGCUAAUUUAAAAAUGUUUGGUUAUUAUAUUUAGUAUAUGUAUUCAAUUUAACCUGUUUUUUAAAUUAAUUUGAUGGUUUUAUUCUGAUUACUUAUUAUAUCCAUCAAAAAGACAUUACCGUCGUUGAAUGAAUAGACGAACGGCUAAAGAUUUGGAAAAUAUUACCAUUCAUUAGUACCUUUUUUAAAGCAAUCUCUCUCUCUCUCUCUCUCUCUCUAUAUAUAUAUAUAUACGAUAUAUCGUAGUUGAAAAAAUACAGUAUUAACAUAAAUUACCAUUUUAAACCCCAAUCGUUAACGAAUUUUUUUCUACCAAUAAAUAUAAACUUCAUUCA